CCGUAGAUUCCAAGAAUCAGACAGCCAAGAUUCUGACACCAUGAUUCACAGCUAAGUACAACAAUCAUUUGCACAGAAUAUACUUAUAAUAUCUAUUACUAAUAGUAUAUCAUCAUUAUUAUAAUGUCCUAGUUGAAAUUCAUAUCCCAAGUACAAUGGGAGUUUCUAUGAUUAUAUAUAUAAGGAUAGUACUAUGUUUGCAGUUGCCAAAAAAAACCAAUGCUUCUAGCUUUUCCAAAUCUCACUUUGCUUUGCUUCUUCUUCUUCUUCAGUAAGAUCCCAUUUUUGCUGUACAUUUUGGAGUAACAUUCUUGUUAAUAAGUGGGGUUCUUGAUAAUCCUUUUGGUGGGGUCUCUUAAUAGGACUAUUGGAGUGCUCCCAAGUGGAUAAUAUUUUCACCAGAAAGGGUAUUAUCUAGUGGAUUGAAGAUGUAUAUGGUAGAGAGCAAAGGUGGGGCUAUAGCUUGUAUGCUAUUGUCUCUUUUAUUGUUAGGGACAUGGCCAGCUUUACUGACGUUGCUCGAAAGGCGAGGGCGUCUUCCUCAACAUACUUAUCUUGAUUAUACGAUUACCAACCUAUUGGCUGCUGUGAUCAUUGCUUUCACCUUUGGUCAGUUUGGAUCAAGCACACCAGAAAGGCCUGAUUUCCUCACUCAACUCUCUCAGGAUAAUUGGCCGAGUGUCUUGUUUGCAAUGGGUGGAGGGAUGGUCCUCAGUCUUGGGAACCUCUCAACUCAAUAUGCUUGGGCUUUUGUUGGUUUGUCGGUCACUGAAGUGGUCUCUGCAAGCAUUACAGUCGUUAUAGGAACGACCUUGAAUUAUUACCUUGAUGACAAAAUUAACAAAGCUGAGAUUCUGUUUUCUGGAGUUGGAUGCUUCUUGAUUGCCGUUUGUUUAGGCUCUGCUGUUCAUUCGUCCAACAACGCCGAUAACAAAACCAAGCUUGAUAAUUAUUCGUCCAACAACGCCGAUAACAAAACCAAGCUUGAUAAUUAUUCAAAUGACUAUAAAGAUGGAGUAGGGACUAAUGGAAUUUCUUCCUUCAAACAAACAAAUUUUAAUCCAGGUAGUACAAAUGAUCUUGAGGAUGGAGGUGCUUCUGGAAAGGCAAAAUUUGGGACUGCGGCUUUCCUUAUAGAACUUGAGAAUACGAGAUCAAUCAAGGUUUUCGGGAAGGGCAUGUUCAUUGGUUUGGCCAUAACAUUCUUUGCUGGGAUUUGCUUCUCCAUGUUCUCACCCGCAUUCAACCUAGCCACAAAUGAUCAAUGGCAUACUCUCAAAGACGGAGUUCCUCACUUGACUGUCUAUACAGCAUUUUUCUACUUCUCGUCCUUUUGUUUCUUGAUCGCCAUGGUUUUGAACCUCACAUUCUUGUACUACCCUAUACUAAAUGCACCCAAGUCGUCGUUCACGGCUUAUCUCAACGACUGGAAUGGAAGAGGUUGGGCCCUUUUGGCUGGACUUCUAUGUGGCUUUGGUAAUGGUCUCCAAUUCAUGGGGGGUCAAGCAGCUGGAUACGCAGCUGCAGACGCUGUUCAGGCACUGCCUCUUGUGAGCACAUUUUGGGGGGUGAUUUUGUUUGGUGAGUACAGAAGGUCAUCAAGGAAAACAUAUACACUCCUUGGAGCUAUGUUGUUUAUGUUUACAGCAGCUGUUGCGAUUCUCAUGGCAUCAUCAGGGCAUCGCAAAUAGCUGCCAUGUAGAGUAGUUGUAAGAAUAUGUUUCUGUACAUAUCAUGUUACCCUUCCUUGUUGUCGCAACCCUAAAAUUAGGGAAAUAAUUUAGUCCGAGGAAAGAGGAGGAUUGAUUUUAGUUAACUCCUCAUUUAGUAAUUAGUAUAAUGAUGCUCGACUCAGCAUAGAGUUAAGAUGUUAAUUUGGCUUAUGUAUUCUCCAAUGUAUUUCAAGAGUUCCUUUUCAUUUGAUGGUGAUGGAAUCUAAGUUCCUGAAAAUAAUUGUCACUGGCAUCUUUCUUCCA